AUGGAAGGAUCUUCUAUUUCUUCAUCUUCAAUCGAUCAGGCAACUUCUUCAACUAAUGAGCAUAAACGACCAAAUUCAAAGGAUGAUAGACCAAUACCAUUACCAAAUCAGUCAAGUCCUAUCAAGCACUUUGCUCUAGAUAUUGGAGGAACACUUGCAAAGCUUGUCUACUUUGUACAGGAUCACAACAGCAGCAGCAACAGCACUGAUGACCUGUCGUCGUCAUCAUCUUCAACAUCAUCAUCCAACACCAAACAACAGACAACAAAUGAACUAGGUGGCAAGCUACACUUUAUCAAGUUUCAAACAAAGAACAUCGAUGAAUGCUUCAAGUUCAUCAUUGAGGAUGGGAAACCAAAGGCAGUGCGUGUCACUGGUGGCGGUGCCUACAAGUACGCAGAGAUGUUUGAUAAGAUGCUUGGAUGCAAGCUUAUCAAGGAGGAUGAGAUGUUCUGUCUCAUCUUUGGUACAAACUUCCUUCUAAACAGUAUCAAUCGCGAGUCAUACACCUACUCCCCAAACCCAAGUGCUCCAUCCCCCAAGGAGUUUGUCGACAAAGUAGAGAAUCCAUACCCUUACCUGCUAGUACAGAUUGGAUCUGGAGUGAGCGUGAUCAAGGUGGACAGCGAGACAAGCUUCCAAAGAGUGGACGGAACAAGUCUUGGAGGUGGUACCUUCUGGGGUCUUUGCAGUCUGUUGACGGGAGUGACAGACUUUGAUGAGAUGCUUGAGUUGACAAAGAAGGGCAACUCCAACAAUGUCGACCUGGUCGUCGGAGAUAUUUAUGGAACCGACUACUCCAAGGUCGGUCUAUCCUCGGAUACAAUUGCAAGCAGGUAG